AUGUGGAUCUAGAAAAAAGGUGGGGCUCACAAUGUAAAUGUUACCUCUCAGCAAGUAAGUGCCAACUCUGUUUGUUCUCUGCUGACAACAGGGACGAAAGUAUCUUCUAUCGGAUGUAUUAAGUUUCAAUGGCUAGCACAACGACUGCACAAGAUUUUUACGAGAAGAAUGUGAGUGUUCGGGCUAUCAGUGGUUUGUCAUCGGCCUUGUCAAUCCUGGGCUCAGCUUUGAUCAUUCUCUCCUAUCUUUGCUUUCGCAGUCUACGAACAAGAGCACGACUCAUUCUAGUUCACCUGGCUCUCACUGAUAUGGGGGUAGGUAUUGCCAAUUUGGUAGGAAUUAUCGUCAACUUUGAUCAGUAUUUCCCUCAUGGUGACUCGCCAGCGAAUGUGGCACAACAGCCUAACUUAUCAAUAGUGAACCUCUGCAAGACUCAGGCCUCUGUUGCUGAAUACUGUACUCUAAGUUCCGUGCUUUGGACCUCUUGCUUGGCUGUCUACAUGUACUUGCUGAUUGUGAACAAAAAUUCAAAACAAACAAAGAUGUUUCUGUGGUUCUCGUAUGUGUUUUGCUAUGGGAUGCCAUUAUUAGUUACCGUGUGGAUGCUGUGUACUGAACGACUUGGGUAUUCUCCUUACAACUCUUCUGGCUGGUGUUCAACUGUUUUGGUCAAGCCUUAUUAUGGGGGAUCAAAAGCAGGAAUUGACGUCAUGGCUGCCAUUAUUGGAUACGAUAUGUGGAUAAUCCUCACUAUUGUUCUGAUUGCAGUAUUGUACAUCUCCGUAUUUAGUCAUGUGAGACUGCAGCAAGCUGUUCUGGCAAUGCACAACAUCGACUACAAGUUCAUUCUGAUUCCAGUGAUGUUCAUUUUCCUAAGGAUGUGGACUCUUGUUUUGAAUAUGCUCGAAAUAUACCUUCAAAUUCCUCCAGAAGAUAUUGUGCCUUGGGCUAUGAAAGCACUUUUGUACUUAUCUGGAGUUGGAGAUUCCGGUCAAGGUUUCUUCAAUGCCAUUCUGUUUGUGGCUUUCACACACAGCGUUCGGAAACGUCUGUUUGCGUCCUUGUGCUUGAAGGUAUUCAAGAGACAGAAAAUUAUCAAAACCGAAGAAGAAAAUUCGAUUUAUUCUGAAACUCGACAUAUUUUUAAAAGUUCUAAUCCUGUGAAUAGUAAGAAAUACAACUCCCUACCACAAGGACAGGUGAAUAGCGCCUCCGAACAGCAACAACAAAGUGUUACCCCUAUCAGUGAAUAUUCCCCUGUUGUUUCCUGGAAGUGAUAAACAAUUACAUGUUGAAAUUUUAAAAAUCUUCACAUACUGUUCGAUAUAGUGCAGACUAAAAAAAUAUAUUGACAUCUUG